GGGAUGAUGAGAAAACAGGACGAGAUUUUAUGGUUUUAGCAGGUGAAGCUGACCAGUGCGCCCCGCAGGUGAAAGCUCUGCAUGUCGGUGCUUCCAUGGCUGAUCCCUACUACGCUUAUACGGCUCCCACCGCUGACCGAGAAGCUCUGGACUUUCUCACCCCCCAGAAAGAGGAAGAAAAAAAAGGUUCCAACUGUUUCCUCCAGGAAUCGAUAGAGGCAUUACUUCGAGAUGGGUCGGAGCUUUCCUUGUUUUCUCGUCAUAACACUGCUCGAAUUGAUGGCAAGUUUUCCUGGCUAUUUGUCAUCUGAGACGCCAUCAUUAGCAUCUCAUCAUGCAUUCGGCUAUGGAGAUCUACGCGCGUUUCCUUCAGAUGCUUUGCAGAAAGAUGUAAAUCCAGUAAGACCUGGGACAUAUGGUGUAGAUGAUAUUCUAGGAAAUGGAAUACGUCCUGAACCUGGAACUGGACGAUUAGCAGCUGGUACAAGCCUUAAGGGCUAUUCAUCUCCUUUAGAAGAUCCAGUACUUCAUCAAAGACAAGACUUUUCAGCUGGCAUUAGUCCUAUAAUUUCGGCAACUGAAAGGUCAAGUUCCUUGAGGAACGUUGAUAGCUUGGCAGCACCUGCAAGAGAUUCGCAUAUCUUGUUUGUCCAUGGCCUUCCAACUGACUGUACCAGAAGAGAAGUAGGCCAUCUAUUUCGACCAUUUUAUGGCUUCAAGGAAAUCAGAGUUAUCCAUAAGGAGGCCAGACGUAGUGGAGAUAGGGCUUUGGUACUGUGCUUUGUUGAGUUUGUGGAUUCCCAAUGUGCUUUGACAGCUAUGGAAGCUCUUCAAGGUUACCAGUUUGAUGACAAGAAACCAGACUCCCCAGUCUUGAGGAUUCAAUUUGCUCACUUUCCUCUCCAUCUACCCUCUGAUAAAUGAUGUAGAACGGCUAGAACGCCAGGUCUAAUCUGAGCAAAUAAAUGUGAUAGUGAUCAAUCUGUAGUGUGUUGCCGGAUGACGUGUAGUGUGCAUAUCUCUGAUUUUGCUUGCUUCGCCUCACUGUGCCGGUGGAGCUAAGGAUGGAAGCAGAAAUGAGCUUUUCUUUUGAGUAUGACGAGACCUAUAGUUGAUCAAACUGUUUGUGAACAUUACAUAAGAGAAUCUUCUGUCUGAUAUUCUUGUAAAGGAAACAGAAACUUCACUGUGGUCCUAAUGAAUAUUCAGGAUGACUUCAAGAUCUUGUC